AUGGCUGCGGGUUCCAGCUCGAUGAGGAUUCUAAUUAAAGGUGGGCGUGUCGUUAACGAUGAUGUCAUGCAGGAGGAGGACGUCUACAUAGGCGGUGUCAUCCAGCAGGUGGGGCGUGACCUGAUGAUUCCGGGCGGGGCUAAGGUGAUUGACGCUUCAGGUAAACUGGUGAUGCCGGGCGGGACCUACACCACCGUUCACCUGCAGCAGACGUUCAUGAACGCCAGCACGCAAGACGACUUCUACACUGGCACUAAAGCGGCGUUGUUGACCACUAUGGUGAUGGCUCAUGUUCUUCCAGAGAGAGACUCGUCCUGCUGGAGGCCUUUGAGAAGUGUCAAAGUCUGCUGUGAUUAUUCUCUGGACAUAGGCGUCACCUGGUGGGGGCUGAGGGUGCAUAGAGAAAUGCAGGUGUUAGUGGGAGAGAAAGGUGUCAACUCUUUUCAGACGUUCAUGGCUUAUAAAGACACCAUGAUGCUGAAGGACUGUGAGCUCUAUCAGGUGAUGAACACCUGUAAAGACAUCGGAGCUGUCGCUCGUGUCCACGCUGAGAACAGAGAACUUGUGCAGGAGGGGGCAAAAGAGGCUUUAGAUCUAGGACCUGAGGGUAUGGAAAUCAGUCAACCAGAGGAGACUCAUUGUCCAGUGUAUCUGGUGAACGUAUCCAGUAUGAGUGACCAGAAGGCCAUGACGCUCGCUGUUUUAGUUACUCAGGACCUGCGCAUGGUGGAUCGGGCUCCUUACUCGGGUGAUGUUGCCGCGGUAGCCAACGCUGGCAGGAAAGACUCUGCCCCCUCUGAGGGUGACGUACCCAUACGAGUGACAACUAGACCUGGAGGCAUUCGAGACCUGCACGAGUCCAGCUUUAGUCUGUCAGGCACUCAAGUUGAUGACCACCUUCCUAAGCGGUCCUCUGCUAGAAUCCUGGCUCCACCUGGUGGACGCUCCAGUUGUAUCUGGUAA